AGCUGGCACAUCACAGAGCGAACAUCUGAGUGGAUUAGCAGCUCGGAGGACUUUAAAAACGGGUCGUCAGUCUGAGAGAGACACCACAAGUGAGAAAACGACAGACUCGCCAGACAGCAUCAGAAAAACUCUUUGAGACUUUGAACAAAAGGAACCAAACACAAUGGCAGACGUUGCAACUCCCGUUGACAAGAAAGCACCUCCCAAAUUUAAGCAGAGGGCCGCACGCACCUUCAAGAGCAAGGCGCCCAAACCGGGCCAGAAGGGAUUUGGAGACGACAUCCCCGGCAUGGAGGGUCUUGGCACAGACUUCACCGUGGUCUGCCCAUGGGAAGCCUUUGGGGACAUGGAGCUCAGCGACCUGGCGAAAUAUGGAAUCGUCUAGAAACCUCAACUGUUUUCUUGGACCGAGUCCUCCUGUCUCUCACCUCACAGCCCAGCUUUCCUUCUCCUUCCCAAAAUACCCAUCCUCAUAUUCAUUGUCCCUCAUGUAAUUUGAGAUAAAUUGCACACAAAUUGAUCAGCUAGCAAAAGCAUUGCAGCAUUUAGCUGUUUUUCUUCUUUUUUUUCCUCCCUGUUUACCCCUCAUGUGGUCCUACUGUCAAUUAAGCAGCUAGAACUCUACAACCUGCACAGAGGAGGCAGCUUUUGAUGUUUUAGAGGUUUGACCUGAAAACAAACCCCCUCACACUCUCUUUUGUCUCAUGCACUUUAUUCACCCAACCCUCCCCCCACUUUUCCACCAAUGCUCCAUCGUCCUUUCCUACUUUUCCUAAUCCCCAGCUUCUCUUCAUCUCCCGAACCCCUCACUUUCAUCUCUAAUAACCCAUGCAGAGAAAAAAAUAAUAUAAAAAUGAAUAAAAGACAGUUUGAUAUCUGUGA